UCUUUCUCUAUCUUCUUUCUCUUUCUCUCUCUUUCUCUCUCAUAAACCGCCAACAUACAUAUGCUCUUCUUAAAUUAUCAAAGACCUUAAAGGUGCUAUUGUAUUAUAGGUUUGAGGGUACCUUUUCCUUUUUUUUUAUUCUUUAUUUUUUUUUAUAUAUAUUUUUAAUUUUUGUCACUGGCUUCGGUUAAAGUAGAGAGGGAAUUCUGGUGUUUUCCUUGGUUAAAGCAGAAAGAGAGCAAAGUGGGGAUAUGAGUAGCAAGCUGUGUUUCAAAGGUGACAAAUAUUUGAUAGAGAAAUACAAGUCAAGUUUGAAAGAAAGAAGACAGCAUCUCCUACUACAAGGUUGAAGAAGAAGAGAGAUGAGUAAGGCUAAUUUGGGGUCUAUCAGCAGCUCGGAUCUCAUCGAUGCAAAGCUUGAAGAACAUCAGAUGUGUGGAUCAAAGCACUGCCCAGGUUGUGGACACAAACUCGAAGGAAAGCCGGACUGGUUAGGUCUACCUGCAGGAGUGAAAUUUGAUCCAACAGACCAAGAACUUAUUGAACAUCUUGAAGCAAAGGUCGAAGCCAAAGACAUGAAGUCUCACCCUUUGAUAGAUGAGUUUAUCCCCACAAUUGAAGGAGAAGAUGGGAUUUGUUAUACCCAUCCUGAAAAACUUCCAGGAGUCACAAGAGAUGGGUUGAGUAGGCAUUUCUUCCAUAGACCUUCGAAAGCUUACACGACCGGGACAAGAAAACGAAGAAAAAUCCAAACCGAAUGCGACCUACAAGGUGGCGAAACGAGGUGGCACAAGACCGGAAAGACAAGGCCGGUAAUGGUGAAUGGAAAACAGAAAGGCUGCAAGAAAAUCCUUGUUCUCUAUACGAAUUUCGGUAAGAAUCGAAAACCCGAAAAGACGAACUGGGUUAUGCAUCAAUACCAUCUUGGCCAGCAUGAGGAAGAGAAAGAAGGAGAGCUUGUGGUCUCUAAGAUAUUUUAUCAAACACAACCAAGGCAAUGCAGUGCAACAACUGGUGAAGGGAGUAGCAAUGUGGACCCCAGUAGUAGAAGAGAUAGCGGAAGUGGGAGUUGUUCUUCUAAGGAGAUUAGUAUUCCACAGAGAUCACCAGAUGAGAUUUCAGCAGCUGGUGUUGCUGCUCAGAUUUCUUCUACUUACACUGCCAUGGACAUUCCUCAUUUGAAAUCUGACCACUUCAGCUUUGCCCCUUUCAGGAAAAGCUUUGAUGAGGUUGGAAUAGGAGAUGCUUCAACAGCAAGGGAAGCCCCAGCAGCUUCUACAGGCACAUGCGAUGAGUUGCCGGAUCACCACCAAAGACCUCACCAUAUGGCCCAUGAACAUCAGCAUCAUCAUCAUCAUCAUCAUCAACAUCAGCACCCUCCUCAUCAUCAACAUCAGCAUCAACCUCAACAUGUACAUCAUCAAAUUGCAACCACAGCCUUCCACAUCAGUCGUCCUUCCCACCCUAUUUCGACCAUCAUCUCUCCACCUCCUCUCCAUCAUACCUCCAUUAUUCUUGAUCAAGACUCUUACCACGUAUCUCGAAUAAUGCUCCAAAAUGAAAAUUUCCAGCAUCAACAACAUCAACAGCAACAACAACAUCAGCAGCAGCAGCAGCAGCAACAGCAUCAUAAACUGGGAGGAAGGUCUGCAUCUGGCUUGGAGGAAUUAAUAAUGGGUUGCACAUCAACUAAUAUCAAAGAAGAAUCCUCCAUGACAAACCCUCAAGAAGCAGACUGGAUGAAAUACUCUUCCUUCUGGCCUGAUCCUGACAACCCAGAUCAUCAUGGGUAGGAGCACCCAAAAAAAAAAAAAGAAAGAAAAGAAAAGAAAAUAAUUGAGAGAAUAAACCCACGGAAAAAAAAAGAAAAAAAAAAUAGACACCCUUGUAGACAAAAUCAUUAUCAUCAUCAUUAGUACUUGAAGCCUCUAUUCCUCUCAAAGUUCUUUUCAACAUGAGGCCAAGAAACCCAUCCAUGUAUACUUUGCUCUUUUACUUCCUUUUCUCAGUUGGGUCCCUUUGCUAUAAGCUUCUCUAAGUGCCUGCUUCUCAACUGAAACUAACUGUGCAACAGUCCGGUGUUGGAAAGAAUGAGAGAAUAGAACAAAAGGGAAAAAGAAAGAAAAAGGAAAAGAAAAGAAAAGAAAAGAGAAACCAUGAAAGGCUGCUCUCUCUUCUGACAAAAAAAAAAAAAAAAAAAAAUAUAUGGAAGGAGAACCAAAGACCCAAAGCAAAAUCUAUUCCCUCUGCAUGAAAAUCAUCACCAUUAUGAUUACUCAAUUUCGUCUUUAUGGUUAUUCUUAUUAUUUUAUUAUUUUUGAGAUGUUUGUAUAAUGUUUUUUUUUCCUUUUUUUUUUUUUUUUUAA